GAUGAUGUGAAAGCCAAGAUGAACAAACAAUCUUGGGCUCGAGUGGUGUGUAACUAACCAUGAUGUUGUUCGGUUUCGUAGGAUUGGCUGUCGCAGUCGUAGCGAAUGUCGCUGGUGCAGCUGCAGCUUCAAGCCAGCUCGAGGGUCUCUACAGUCUUGUCAAGAGACAAAUUCCAGCUCACGCAGGCGCCUUCACCUUCGAACUCUCUGCUGCAAAUACCACGAAUGCUACAGAUACAUUCACUUUGAGUGAUAUCGGAAAAAAUGCUACAGGGAAUGCCACGAUACUCAUCGAGUGCUCUACAAUCAGUGCUUGUGCUCGUGGAUUAUACACCUACGUGACCGAGUUUGGAGGCGUAGACAUCUGGUGGACAGGCUCGCGGCUCAAUGAGCUGCCAUCUCAGCUUCCAGAAAUCGGAGAGCCAGUCACUCGCACAUCGCUCGUGCCAUAUCGCUAUCAUUUCAACACAGUCACCUUCAGCUACACCGCGUCCUUCUAUGAUUUCGACGACUGGUCUUUUCUACUCGAUUGGCUCGCCCUGCGUGGUGUGAACCUGCCCCUAGCAUGGGUCGGGAACGAGUACGUUCUCGUCCAAGUCUUCCGCGAGGCAGGUCUCACCGACGCGGAUAUCGCGACUUUCCUCUCCGGCCCAGCGUUCCAGGCGUGGAACAGGUUUGGAAACAUUCAAGGCAGCUGGGGUGGCGACUUGCCCGAACAAUGGAUCAAUGAUCAAUUCGUUCUGCAAAAGCAGAUCCUCGCGCGAAUGGUUGAGCUUGGCAUGACGCCUGUCUUGCCCUCCUUUACCGGCUUCGUUCCCCGUGCUAUGCACACCCUCUACCCCAACGCUUCCAUUGUUAACGGAAGUCAGUGGAGUACCUUUACGAUACAGCAUACCAACGAUUCUUUCCUUGAACCGUUCGAUCCUUUGUUCAGCACCCUACAAACGUCUUUCAUGACUAAAUAUGCGGCUGCAUACGGAAACGUAUCUCACAUCUAUACCCUCGAUCAGUACAACGAAAUGAUGCCUUAUAGUGGAAACACAUCAUACCUUUCAAGCAUCUCGUCAGCUACGUUCGCCAGCUUGCGCGCAACUGACCCCGAAGCGGUGUGGAUGAUGCAAGGCUGGCUGUUCUACAUUUAUGCUUCGUUCUGGACCGACGAGCGUGUAGAGGCUUACCUGGGAGGCGUUCCAGGGAACGACAGCAUGAUCAUCCUUGACCUGUUCAGCGAGGCAUACCCUCAAUGGCAACGUCUGAACUCGUACUUUGGCAAACAGUGGAUAUGGUGCGAGCUGCACGACUUUGGUGGUAACAUGGGAUUCGAAGGGAACUUUGAGAAUGUCACCACGCAGCCCGUCAAGGCUCUGGCUACACCUGGGAACACGAUGGUCGGCAUGGGGUUGACGAUGGAGGGUCAAGAAGGGAACGAGAUCAUGUAUGAUGUCCUCUUUGACCAGGCGUGGUCACCCACGCCAAUCAACAGAACAUCGUAUGUCUCAGCAUGGACGUCGCGUCGGUACAAUGUCCCCAAUCUUCCUACCGCUGCUACUGAAGCAUGGGAGAUCCUUGCUUCGACCGUUUACAACAAUCAAGACCCGUUGCUUCAGGCUACAAUUAAAAGUAUAUUCGAGCUUGAGCCCGCGAUCAACGGACUCGUCAAUCUCACGGUCCUGCAGGGGAUUCCAACUGGGCUUUUUUAUGACACGAAUACGACUAUUGUCCCCGCUCUUCAAUCAUUGUUGCAGGCACGCCAAGAGAGUAGCGCGCUCGAUGAGGUCCCGGAAUUCCAGUACGACGUUGUUUACAUUAUCCGUCAGCUGCUUGCAAAUCGUUUCAUCGAUCUCUAUACCUCACUCGUUGAUACAUAUAAUUCGACGACCUCAAGCAGCUCUGAUGUUUCCACAGCUGGUGCACCACUCAUCACACUCUUGAAGGACGUUGACUCGGUUCUGCUCACAGAUACACAUUUUCUCCUCUCAAAUUGGAUCAGUGCCGCUCGGAACUGGGCACACGAUAACUCAACCUACGCUGCAUACCUCGAGUACAACGCCCGCAAUCAGAUCACACUCUGGGGCCCAAGAGGAGAGGUCCACGACUACGCAUCUAAGCAAUGGGGUGGGCUCGUUGGCACGUAUUAUGUCCAGCGCUGGGAGGAAUUCGUGUCGUAUCUCUCAGGGAGCAAAGCAAACGGGACAGCGUACAAUGGCACUGCCGUCGCCGAUGUGAUGUUCAAUAUUGGCCUUGCCUGGGACAACGAGACAUGGGGGCAAGCGGCGAACGAGACCUGGGGGACUGUGGGUAAUACCUGGGAUGUCGUACAGCAACUCGUGGACAAGUACAUUUGAUUCUAUGAUGUAAUCACAAGUUCAUCAACCACGCGUUGUGAUUUUACGUGUGGAACAGAAGUCAUUCUAAUCGCCCCUCUUGUGGCUUACAACAUUCUUGACAUGACUCGUUGCAAUCCAUUCGGGAUCGUUUUCAUACCGAUUGAUGACCCUAACUUGUUAUAGUGUUAUUUAACUCUGUUUUUGCGCUCAAAGUAGUGGACCUUGUACCCUAUAAUAAAUUAUGAUUUAGCUU